UAUACUUUUUGAGUUUAUAUUUUGAUUUCUUUUAUUUAUAAACAAAUUCUAAAUUAACAGCCAAGAUCUUUUGCUAUGGCAGCCAUCACGCAAUUUCCAGCAGCAUUUGAAAUCUGCAAGCCGUUUAUGUUAACGGAUCAGCAGAUGCAAGAGAUUGUGGUGCGUCUGAAUAAGGAAAUCAACAUGGGUCUGGGACGCGAUACACAUGCUCGGGCUGUGGUCAAGUGCUACAUUACCCAUGUGCAUGAUCUGCCCUCGGGCAAUGAGCGCGGCAGAUUUCUGGCACUCGACUUGGGUGGCACCAACUUUCGCGUGCUCUUGGUAACGCUCUCCAGCGACUCGGAUGUGGACAUACUUUCCAAAAGUUAUGUCAUGGACAAAAGUCUGCUGGUGGGUCCCGGCAGGGCGCUAUUUGAUUUUAUUGCCGAGUGUUUGUCAAACUUUUGCAAAGAGCAAAACAUCGAUAAGGAAGAAAUGCCGCUGGGCUUUACAUUUUCAUUUCCAGUGCAACAAAUUGGACUGGACAAGGGCAUUCUGACGUCUUGGACAAAGGGCUUUAAGUGCGAAGGAGUUAUAGGCAAAAAUGUAGUCGAGCUAUUGCAGCACGCCAUCGAGCGACGUGGCGAUGUCAAAAUCAAAAUUGUUGCUAUUCUCAACGACACCACAGGCACGCUCGUGUCCUGCGCCUACAAACAGCGCAACUGUCGCAUUGGUCUAAUCGUGGGCACUGGCUCCAAUGCCUGCUAUAUGGAGCGCACCGGCAAUACGGAGAUGUACGAAGGUUAUCAGACCAGCAACAAGCCGAACAUGAUUGUCAACACUGAGUGGGGCGCCUUUGGGGACAAUGGUGUGCUGGAUUUUGUGCGCACCAGCUAUGACAAGCGGAUUGAUCAGGAGUCCAUUAAUCCGCACAAGCAAACGUUUGAGAAAUGCAUCUCUGGCAUGUACAUGGGCGAGCUUGUGCGUCUGAUUAUUGUCGAUCUGAUGGAGCAGGGCGCAAUUUUCAAGAAUCUUAAGUCUCAGUCUAUAUACGAAAAGUGGCGUUUUGAGACGAGCUUUAUAUCCGAAAUUGAGUCUGAUGAACCUGGACACCAUCGCAACUGUGCCAACAUAUUGGAUCAAUUGGGUAUACGUGGAGCAACCGACAACGACAUGCAAUGCGUACAGGCUAUAUGCGAGACCAUCUCCACACGCUCGGCGAAGCUUGUGUCUUGCGGACUGGUGUGCUUGAUUAACAAAAUGAAUGCAAAGGACUGUGCCAUUGGCAUUGAUGGCGGCGUGUAUAGGUUUCAUCCAAAAUAUCACGAUUUGCUGGUUGACAAUAUGACAAAACUACUGCGAGGUUCAGCGAAAUUUGAGCUUCUUCUUUCGGAGGAUGGUUCGGGACGCGGUGCAGCGCUAAUUGCAUCUGUGGCUGCCAGUAGAAAGAAGUAAAGUUAUCUGAGUUGCUAACAAUAAAUAUGCAGCGCCAUAGCUGCGAGCUGUCGACAGUCACUUAAGUAUCACAAGCAGCUUUUCACAGUAAGCAUGUGCAUAUUAAAAGAAUUUAGUUGCUUUUUAUUGUUAGUGCAGGCUUAUAAUAACUUAUUAAUAAAUUAA